CCAUGCCAUGGCUGCUCGAAGCAUGCGAUGUCUUCUGAGGCCCUCGAUCUUCAACGCAGCUCUGCUACGCGACAGCGGCGAUGUCGCACAGGUUGUCUGAAAUGUCGAGCGCGGCGACGAAAGUGUGACGAGGCCAAGCCCCGAUGCCAGAACUGUGUUGCGAAGAACUUCGAGUGUCGCUACGGCACGCCUCUGACCUUUCUGGCGAAAAACAACUUCACGAUCGUGGAGGAGCCUGGACAGAGUAAGGGCUUGGGGACAGCUCGGCCAAAGUACGCAAGUUUAGAAGCCGUUGCCGAUUCAUCUUCGCGAAGUGAGCAUAACGACGUUCCCGAUUCCCAAAUCAGGGAUGAGAGCCUUCCAAAAGGCGCAAGCUUGUCUUCGACAAGUGCACGUACUGGUGACGUUCACGUCGUCCAAUCUACGGCCGUGACGGAAUCACACCAACAUGGAGAUCACCCUGAACUGACCGGCGGCGAUUCGUACGAGUCCGCCCUUUACGGGCUUCUCGCCUUGGGUAGAAGCGCCGCCAGCCCAUCGGCACCGACGGUAGUCACCGCUCCACCGCUGGACCCCUCCUUCGCUGAUCUUCAUUCUCCUAUUCAGUCCUUGUUCGAUAGAAUACCUGUCCUACCUGACAGGGACGUCCACGCUAGCUUCGAUGAGUCGUCUCCAACGCAACCUACAAUCCAUCAGGACCUUACCUCGCUCUAUCUCCCACCCCUGCGUACGUUGGAACUGUUAAAAUAUUUCAGAUACGAGAUAGCGCCAAUGCUCGACAUGAUGGACAGAGAUCAGACGUUUGGUCUGGUUGUCCCACGAUUAGCAAUGGUCUCUCACCCUGUUCUAUUAGUCCUUCUGAUGCUCUCUUCUUCUUCUUCGAUAAGAGGUGUAGAGUCUUCGAAAGCAGGAUCAAGCGAGGAAGAACUGAAAAUGCUGGCUAUAAUAUAUGACACAAAGCAAGGGGAGGAAAGCAACACCAGACACGCUUUAGUUGCAUCUGUGCUGUACAUUCUGCUAGGCUUCAUCUCAGACUUCUCGUCUGCGUGCCGGAAUGGCGUGCUCCAGACGUCCAGCCCCUGGAAUCCAUCCGACCUGGUAGAGUUUUCGAGACCAGGGCGACUGGAGACGUCUUUGUAUUUCCUGUCCCUUCGACUAGAGCUAAGCGUAUGCCUUAUGCGAUCAGAGGCUCCGCGACUGCCUCUCAUCCCUCUCAGCACGAUAAACCAUCUGCCACAAAAGUCAGACACGGUAUUGCCGUACGCGUAUCAAGGCCUGCUGAUGUGUGCGGAGGUCCUGAGUCUGUGCUGGGGUAGAGCGGAAGAGUCGGCCACCAUGACAAGGCUGCCUCUCGCGACGCGCUGGUAUCUGCUCUUUGAAAAACUCGAAGGCUGGUAUAAUCUGAGGCCCGGUGAGCUGCUUCCCCUUGUCGAGCUCGACCCUGGACAGGUCCCAGGCAGUGUCGACAGACACUUCCCCACGAUCAGCUUCAGCACGGCGGCGGGCGUUUUCGCGAACCAGAUGCACCACACGGCCAUGUUUCUGCUUUUGCUCCACAAGCCCCGGAAUUUGAGGCUGCAAAGCACGCCGUGGCACACUUCUCCCCUUUGGCAUUCUGAAAGGGUGUGCGGGAUCGCGCUGAACAACAACCGACGUGAAUCUUGGGAUCCUUGUUUGCUUUCAUCGCUUCUGUUGGUCGCCAGAAGGAUGACGCACGAAUCGCAGCAGCGGGCUUUGUCCGAAGGCUUUGCUCGCAUCCAGAAUUUAACGGGCUUCCAGAUCAGCGAGACAGUUGAAGCUCUUCGUAGCACUUGGUCAUACUCUGCUGAUAUUUGAGGGCACAUGUAUUAUGUCUAGUGAAUUGGAAAAAAAA